AUGGAUCCAAAAAGUGUGCUUUAUUACGCAUCAGAAGGUAGCAAUAGCGAAUUUGAGAGUUCACUGAAGAAAUGUGAAAAAGAUCAGAUUCAGUGGAUAAACGAAAAGGACGAUCGUGGAAGGAAUGUGCUGUUUUAUGCGGCGAUGACAGACAAUAUCAAGAAUUUUUUAUAUGUUAUCAAAAGAGCCUGCUUAAAACCUGAUAAUAUACUGCAAAUGGAAGAUAAUAAUGGAUCGAAUGUAAUGCAUUGGGCUACGCAAUAUUCAUCAGCAAAGGUUGUCAAGGAAAUUCUCUCAAUUUUUAUUGAUCAACCAUCGAGAAUAAUUCUAGCCAAAGAUAAUGACGGGGUUACUCCAUUGCACAUUGCAGCGACAAAAUCGAAUCCAAAAAUUCUAAAGAGUUUCGUUGAUAAUCUUACACCAGCAGAUGAUGUCUAUAGAAUUGCACAGGAUAAAAGGGGACGAUCGCCAUUACAUUAUGCAGCAGCUCGAGCCAAUAUCGAUAAUAUCAGAACCAUUGUUGACGCUGACGACAAUUGCUCGCAGCUUGACGGACCGAUUCUUGGAUUUCCGAUUGAUCAAAGAGAUAAAAAUGGAAUCACGCCGUUGAUGGCUGCUGUUGGAGUCAAUCUUCCUCAGAUUAUACCUGUCAUUCGUUUUCUUGCAAAGAAAAAGCCUGUAUCACAAACAAGACAGAAUAAAGAUGGACAGACGGCGCUACACAUUGCAGUUGCCGCGCGAAAUUUACCAGCUGUUAAAUUAUUUAUUGAGGAAUUGGAUUGUUCUCCAGAUUUAGUUGACAACGAGCAGCGGACGCCUUUACACUAUGCCGCGGAACAAGGUUAUCCAGAAAUCGUGAAAUAUUUGCUACAAAAUGGCUCAAGAAACUCAACAAGAGAUAAGUUUGGGGUGACGCCGGCACAUUAUGCAGCUCAAUUCAGCACAGAAUGCCUGAAUAUUAUCCUAACCAUGAGUAAUAUUUCGGAAGUUAAAGACAACGAAGAUCGAAGUUGUUUAAUGUGGGCAGUCUGUGCUGGAAAUGUUGAUGCAAUUCAUUAUUUAAUACAGAGAAAAGAUGCCCCAGAUAGAAGGGCAGUGGAUAAAAAUGGGUACACCGCAUUACAUUUAGCAGCAAUGGUAGGAAAUGAAAAAAUAUGCAAAAUUCUAAUCAAUCAAGGAUGGAAUAUUUCGGAAAGAGACAAUCAAAACAAUACUGCUCUUCAUUUGGCAGCGGGUCGUGGGCAUACAGAUGUUCUACGUUGUUUGGUGACUUCUGGAGCAAACAUGAAUGAUAGAGACUCAAUGGAUAGGACCCCGGUAUUUUGGGCGUGUCUUGGUGGACAGUCUCACACCCUUCAUUGCAUGAUUAAGGAAUUGAGUUUUGAAUGGCGAACUCCUGGAGGUAGCGAUACGAAACCAAUAACCGAUGCCCUUGGUCGAACUCCGCUUCAUGCUGCUGCCUUUGCAGGACAUUCGGCAUGUAUUAAUGUGCUUUUGAAUAUUGAGCAAGAAGACAAUUUUCUCAAGUCGCCAUUGGUUGGUUGGAGAGAUCAAGACGGGAAAACUGCUCUUCACGAAGCGUGUAUCGCAGGAAAAAUUGAUUGUGUUUUGUCGUUGCUGAGAGGCGGUUCUGCAAUCAAUGCGAUUGAUGGAUUUGAAAGAACACCUCUCGAUUGUGCAACCGAGUUCAAUCAUAAAAUUAUAAUCGACCACUUGAAAAGUCAGGAAGCUUUCAGUUAUGAGAAAUUAUCAGACCUGGCUGCACGAGAAAUUCAACAAGCUUGGAGAACAUAUGCUAAAAGAAAACAAGAGCGAGAAAAGAAAAUCCAAAACAUGUUUUAA